AUGGGUUCUAUGGGAUACUAUUCGUCUCCGGGCCCGGAGCAGCCUCGAGUAAAGGCGAUCGUCGCCAAUGGCAAAUCCUUCGCCCUGAAUGGAAAGGGUAUGUCAUACCGCUUUCAUGUUGAUGAGAGGACAGGCGAUCUCAUGUCUGACCAUUUUGGUGGUUUGGUGACCGAGGAUCCAGCUAUUCCUGGUACAACACCACCAAAUGGUUGGUCAACGACGAGCCAUCUCCGCCGCGAGUUCCCAGAACUUGGCAAGGGUGAUUUCCGCAAUCCAGCUGUCUUUCUGAAGCAUCACGAAGGCUUUACCGUCAGCCACUUCAAGUAUCAGUCUUACGAGGUGAUUGAUGGAAAGCCGGAGUUUUCAGAUCUUCCUGCAACCUUUGGUGAGGCCGAUGAGGUGAAAACACUCAUUGUGCGAAUGUACGACUCACAUUCGCACGUUCAGGCGGAUCUUAUCUAUUCAGUGUUCGUGGAGCAUGAUGCGAUUGUGCGACGGGUUGUCCUUACCAACAAGAGUGAAAAUCCUGUAACAGUAGAAAAGAUGGCCAGCUUGAGCAUCGAUCUUCCGUAUGCGGAAUACGAUAUGGUUGGUCUGCGUGGUGAAUGGACACGGGAGCGCUCUCAGUUCCGUCGGAAAGUGGAAUAUGGAAUGCAAAGCUUUGGUAGCAAUACCGGAUACUCGUCACAUUUUUACAACCCCUUUCUCGGAAUCACAUCAUCGACCACAACCGAAUCGCACGGCGAUGCAUGGGGUUUCUCGUUAGUUUAUACAGGGUCAUUCCUUGCUGAAGUCGAGAAGAGUCCCCAUGGCCUUGUACGCGCCUCGAUCGGGAUGAACAAGUAUCAGUUGUCCUGGCCUUUACAGCCAGGUGAGACACUUGCUUCACCUGAAUGUGUGGCUGUUUACUCCGCUUCAGGCAUGGGCGGAAUGUCACGCAAUUAUCACCGUCUUUACCGUCAGAAUUUGAUCAAGAGCAAAAUCGUUAAUCAGACCAGACCUGCACUUCUGAACAGUUGGGAGGGCCUCUACUUUGAUUUUGAUGGGGAAAAGGUUGAGAAAUUGGCAACAACGGCCGCCGGCCUUGGUCUGAAACUCUUUGUGCUUGACGACGGCUGGUUUGGUCAUAAAUAUCCUCGCAUCAACGACAAAGCUGGCCUGGGCGAUUGGGUUGCCAACCCUGCAAAAUUCCCCAAAGGCCUGAAGCCCACUGUCGAUAAAAUCACCCAACUACCCGUUGCGAAAUCUGGUGAGAAAAUGCAAUUCGGCAUUUGGAUCGAACCGGAAAUGGUCAACCGCAAUUCGGAACUAUACGCCAACCAUCCUGACUGGGUAAUGAGCGCCGGUAUGCACGAUCGCAGUGAAGCACGAAACCAACUCGUUCUCAAUCUAGCCCUUCACGAAGUCCAGAAAUCAGUCAUCGAUUCUAUCUCGUCACUGCUAGAAAGUGCAGACAUCUCUUAUGUCAAGUGGGACCACAACCGCGCCAUUCACGAGAGCGCAACACCACAAACCUACCACUCGUACAUCCUCGGGAUGUACAAGGUCUUCGAUGCCCUCACGAGCCGCUUCCCCAAUAUCCUAUGGGAAGGCUGUGCGGCUGGUGGUGGCCGUUUCGACCCCGGCGUGUUACAAUACUUCCCCCAAAUCUGGGCCUCCGACAAUAUGGACGGCAUCGAGCGUAUCAACAUCCAUUUCGGCACAUCGGUCGUCUACCCGCUAUCAAGCAUCAGCGCACACGUGGGUGCGGCCCCCAGCCACGCCACCAAACGAACACAAUCCAUAGAGUUCCGAGCACACGUGGCCAUGAUGGGUGGCUCGUUCGGCUUCGAGCUCGACCCAGACCAGCUUGAGGAGGCCGAGAGGAAGAAAAUCCCCGGCCUCAUUGCGCUGGCGGAGCGGAUCAAUCCGAUCGUCAUCACGGGCGAUCUCUGGCGGUUACGCUUGCCUGAGCAAUCGAGCCAUCCGGCCGCUAUAGUCGUCUCGCCGGACGGGAGCCAAGCCGUGUUAUUCGCCUUCCAAAUGCUGUCCACCACAAUGCAUGAGAUACCCGUGCUGAAGCUCCAGGGUCUAGAGGCCGGCGCCCGGUAUCGACUGGAUGGCGAGAAGGUGUUCUCUGGUGCCACGUUGAUGAAUGGCGGUAUCCAGAUUCCUUUCGACGGGGAUUAUGAGUCGCGGGUCAUUUUCUUGGAGAGGCUUUGA